AUGGUGAAGACUCUCAAGGGCACCCACUUCGAGAUCCGGGUGCAGCACCAUGACACCAUUAUGGCUGUCAAGAAGAAGAUUGAAGAGAUCCAAGGAAAGGAUAGCUAUCCACGGGGUCAACAAAUGCUCAUUUACAAGGACAAGGUGUUGAAGGAUGAAAGUACACUGGACGAGAAUCAAGUUACUGAUGAUGAGUUCCUGGUCGUCAUGCUUAGUAAGCCGAGGGAGUUCAGGAGCAUGGAGGAUUUCUGGGUCUUCUACCUGGGCCAGCACUCGAAGCCGGCGACGCGCCGCUGGCACUUCGCCGGCACGGUCGCGUCGCUCGUCUGCGCACUCCUCGCGGCGGCCGCCACCGGCCGGGCCUCGCUCCUGGCAUCUCCAGUGCUCGGGUACGGCAUGGCGUGGUACAGCCACAUCUUCGUGGAGAGCAACCGGCCGGCCACGUUCGGGCACCCCGUCUGGUUCUUGCUUUGCGAGUACCGCAUGUUUGUCCUCAUCCUCACCGGCCGCAUCGACGCCGAGCUCGCACGCCUCCUCAUCCGGCUCCCGAGCGACGCCACCGUGCACCAUGAGUGA